CUUAACGAAAACAAAGGCUGUUUCGGCAAAAGUGCCGAAACAGCCAAAAAUUCAUUAUGGGAUCAUAGGCAUCAAUACAUUACAUACCGGUAUAUAGCCUAAAGAAAACAAUAACGAUGUCAAUGAACGUUCCAUGUGACCCAGGCAAGUUGAUGUUAACCCUUUGGUGUACACGGCGGUCGCUAGCGACCGCCAAAAUCACGUUCAAUUUGGCCUUUGAAAUAGUGGUCAUAACUAUUAAAAAACUACGGUCCCCAUAUAUAUUGCCCUCAUUAGGUUGUUUAGAGCAAUGCUUUGGCUUUGUAUUGAUGUGAUAUUGAAUAGGGGGUGCUAUUGAAAAAAAAUAGAAAAAAAAUAGGGGUGAACGUUUUUUAGAUUUUCGUGUGAUCUUGCGAGAAAAAGCGACUUUAUCUCAACAUGACGUCUCGUUUUUGGCCUUGGAUCAAACACUCGAACUCCUUGGAAAUAUAUCCGAAGAUGAGAUUCAGGAUGAUUCUGAUUUAGAAGACGAAAUACAUGUAAGUGAUGAAAACAAUGACAUGGUGGGAGAUGAUUAUGACACAUACGUGCAUCGCAAUGGAGGCGUACGAGUCCGGUGAGAUCCUGCAACCAUGGAUUCGGUCUUGCACACGGCUGAUGAUUUUCAGGUUAGCUCACAUGUUUUUUUUUUUUAUUUUUUUUUUGGGGGGGGGGGAGGUGGGGGGUGCUUUUGCUUUUAGAAUAAACAGACAUAAUGGUUGCAAUAUAAAUGAUUGAGUCAUAAGUUUAUGUGUCAAGUUUUUGAGGGAAACAAAUGCAAAAAAUAUUUGAAAAUGGAUAGACAAAUUUGAUGUUUUUUCUUGAAUUUUACAAUUGGCACAUUGGAUCAUCCAGCAAAAACAUUUCUAUUUCCAGGGCAGUCAAAACAGUGAUGAAGAAGAGAUGGAACAGGAGGUGGACAGUGAUGACAGUGACACACCUGGCCCAAGUGGAAAUCAAGGGAGGCAAGGUCAACAUGGAAGGGGAAAAGAUAGAGGGAGAGGACAUCGUGGCCAUGGUCGUGGUCAAGUUGGUUGUGGCCGUGGCCGUAGCCGUGGCUGUGGUCGUGGCCGUGCUGCAGCAGGUGGUCAGCUGCCCAAUCAUCAGUGGAUCUGGGAAGAAUUCACUGGAGUAGAAAUCAAUCCUGCAGUUGCAGCAAAUCUCUGAGUUGGAUUUCUUCAACCUCAUGUGGGAUGACGACAUUGCAUCUAACAUCUGCCAGGAGACUAAUCGUUACCAGAGCUGCAAAACACUCGAAUAUGAGAUAGGUGCCCAUUGACAGAAUCACAUUGGAUGCAUUCAUUGGUAUGAACAUUGCACAAGGCAUGGACAGGAGGUCUCACCUGCGGGACUAUUGGAGCAACAAGCCAUGGCUUAGAACUCAAUGGUAUGGAGAGAUUUUUGCUGUGAAUGAAUAUAUGCAAAUUCAUCGGUACCUGCAUAGUUGUAAUAACAAUGAUUACGAUCCAUUGGAUGGAAACCGUGACAAACUUUUCAAGGUGCGAUACAUAAUUGACAAGCUUUCUACAAACUUCAAGGAAGCGUAUGUGCCAGGCAUGCACAUUUCUGUGGAUGAGCAGAUGAUUGGUUCGAAGUGUCAUGUUUCAUUUGUCCAAUACAUGCCCCAAAAGCCCAAAAAAUUUGGCAUCAAACUAUGGGUUUUGGCCGACAGUGAAAAUGGAUACUGCAGCCGCUUUCAAGUGUACACUGGCCGUGUUGAGAAUGCACCAGAGGUGGGUUUGCCCAGUCGAGUAGUAAAUGACUUACCAGAGGAUUUUCGUAAUCAGGGGUAUCAUUUAUAUACCGACAAUUUUUAUACAUCUCCCACUUCAUGUAUCAACCUUUUACGUAAAGACAUUUUAUCAUGUGGAACAGUACGAGUAAACAGAAUUGGUUUUCCGAAAGAGUUGAAACCAAAACCUAGAGAAAAGUUUGAGAAAGGUUCCAUGGAGUUUCGCAAAUGUGGAAAUUUGACCGCAGUACGAUGGAAAGAUAAAAGAGAUGUGACUGCACUGUCCACAAUACACUGCAAUGAUGUGCAGGUUAUUCCACCACGACGAGAUGAGGCUAAUGAGGUGAAAAAACAUCUCAUGAUUUAUGAAUAUAACCAACAUAUGGGAGGAGUGGAUCAAUUGGACCAGUACUUAUGUUACUAUACUGUAGGGCGGCGUACUUUGAAAUGGUGGAAGAGAUUGUUUUGGCGACUGCUAGAAUUAGCGAUUAUCAAUUCCUACAUCCUCUUCAAAGAAGUUAUUGGGAAGCCGGCACUGAGGCAGAAGGAUUUCCGUGAAGGUCUUGUCCUUCAGCUUACAGAGACUUACCGACAACAGCGAACCAACAGGGAUGACCCUAAUUUAGGAGGGAGACCCGGCCGAAGACGUUCUACACCAUUGCCACUGACGGUGAUGUCCCGUGUGACUAGUCGCCAUCCAUCCACAACUUCAACAACGAUUUGUUUUUAUGAACGAGCUCAUAAAUAUUUAUUUUACAGCGCAGCCCGGAAAAACUGGCGCAUGCGCAUAAACCUAAUGUCGGGCUGUGAGCCUCUGGAACAGUGGUGAAGCGGCAUAUCAUCCUCAUUUUUUCUAGCGCCGAUCAGGUGUAGUGGUAUUCUAUUGAAGCUCUCUCAAUAUACGAUUUUUGCUAGCUUUAGAAGUGUUUAUUCUCUUUUAAACUUAAUGUUCAUUUACUAUUGAGUUCUUGUUAGUUCGUUACAGCGUUCCUCAGAUUUUCUUGUGAUUAAAUUCAGAGUUCCGAGUGAA